AUGCCGAUCGUCGAGAUCCAGGUCCCGAAAAACAUGGGGGACGAUGCGGCUCUGGAGCGGAUUCGUCUGGCCUGCAAACAACAUGUGCUGGACAACCUGUCCGCAGACAAGGCGCACCACGACUACGUGACGGUGCUGGAGGUGGUGGGCAAACCCGGAGACGGAUGCCCCGUGGUGAAGGUGGACCAAAGGCCGGGUCGGGAGAAGUGGCGAAAAGAGGCCUUUGCCAAGUGUAUCGCGAAGACGUUGGCGGACGAGCUGGGCUUUGAGCAGCAUCAUUGCUUCGUGGUCUUCCGAGAGUCCCCGACCGAGCACAACUUCUACGUGGGGGACGGCUUCCUGCAGGCCUUCAACCCAAAGGCCCACAGCAAGCUCUGA